AUGCCCCCGCCCAACUCGGCAUCGCACGGCACUCCCACCCUUUCUCCGACUACCCCUACCCCUGCGACGGCGCUGGCGCCCGAACCCUCGUCCCGGUCCGACUCGCCUGCGCCCGUUCCUGCUGCGCCCGACGAUGGGGCAGAUGCUAUUCUCCCCCUCUAUUCCAGCUCGUUCCUGAUCACCCCACGCUCAAACCCACUUCCGCAACGGUCUUCGCCCCCGCGACACUCGAGUAGUCAAUACCCCUCCAACGCCAUGUCUCUACGGAUGGAGUUCGAUGAGAUGCAGCGUGAAAUAACGGGACAGACAGAGGAGGAAAACGAGACCAUGUGGGAGGAGGCACAAAACGAAGCACGGGCCGAAGCUAUGCUCCGAGAAGAUGUCAAUGUCGAGGAUUACCUGGGUUCGCAUGGUACAUGGAGGUUCCACCUUCCGGAUAGUGACUCAGAUGGGGAUCGAGAUGAUAGACAGGAUAUGACCUCCCAGAGAAACAGACAACCUGAUGACUUCACGCACCCCGAACGUCGCCCUCAAAUUCCUCUCCUGCGUCACUCGCUCGAUGUCGUUCGCCGCGCGCGCGAAGACCUCGAGAACAGGAACAACAACAUGUCCAACUACGAAUCGCCCCGCUCAAACCCCCGUUCUCUGUACGGAUGGGCGCCCGGCUCGGAGGAGAUCACUGUCACGACCGGCGGAGAAGUGUCCGAGGAUUUCAACGAUGUCCUGGAUCGGGCCAACGCGUCUGUUGGCGAGGAGCGUGGCCCAGCCCGCCUUCGCGAAUCCUCCGAUCGCUUGCUCCCGCGGCCUUCCACGGACGAUCACGCAGAGGGGAGCAGCCGAAUGCGAACUCCGCCGCUCUUGGCGAUGGAGGCUCUGCUGCAAUCUACAAGGCGACAGUCGCGCCUGUCACGAGCCCGCAGACUGGAAAACUACCUGCUGGAUGGACAGCCAAACCGGUCGCACGAAAACUCCGAUGAUACUGAGCGCGCAGCUCCCUCGUCUUCGUCCUCCUCACGAGCCUAUCGCUACCGUCCGGCGACUCGGGGCUUUACCUCCACAAACUUGCGUACGCAGCCGACGGCGCGCCAAACGCGCGUAAUUGGUGAUCAAAACUACAGCGUGAAAGAAAUAAUCAAUUAUCUGGGUGUUUUGCGCUUCUACUCUUACGAGGAAAGCAUUAUCACGACCGGAACGCGGAGCGUGUUCGAGGACGUAUUACAUUGGGAAGAUCCUGAUCUCGUUACGAAUAUCAACUCUAUCGCUCCACCGGCAACCUGUUCCUGGCUCCAACCCGGUAUCGUAUUUACAGGCCAUCAACGUGCCGCAAACACAGGUAGCUCGGUACUUCCCAACCGAGUGGCGGGCGCACGUGGAACGAACAACAGCGACCCCAUCAUCGUGGGUGGCUUCCAAGAACCGAACCCCAUUAGCGUCACCACGACGGCGGGACGGCGUUACAUGGCCAACAACCGGGACGAAAACUGGCCGGUUAAGCUCACCAUCCACGAAAUCAACUAUUCAGAUAUGACCCUGUCUGGCACGAUGGAAGCUUACAAUAUUCCCGACAAAAGCUCGCCCACCCACGACGCACAUAUCGUCACGUUCCUGGAGGGCGAAAUCAUCGACUUCCACAAACACACCCUGGAGACGGAGAAUUUCAAGGCAGAUAUUGAUGUCGAUAGCACAUACUGGCGCAAAUUGCCGCCCUUCAACAAAGACACGGAACCAGAGAUUGCGAAGAACCUGGUGAGCAGGAAAUGGCACACAGAAAAAAUGGCCGAGGGAUGGAUCUUGAUGCGGUGGAAAGAACGAUGCUUUAUCACACCAACCGACUCGCGUCAGGGUCUCACCAUCUCCGGGUUCUACUACAUUUCUCUACAACGCAGCUCCGGCCAGAUCGAUGGACUGUACUAUGACCCUGGCAGCUCGCCGUACCAGCAGCUGUCUCUGAAACCCGAGUCUGAGAGAAUGGUUCGCCCUACCUAUACCUUCCGGUAG